AUGUCAUCGUGGGAACAAGUCGCGCAGGAGGCUGAUCAGGCCACCGAUGCGAAAAACAUAACCGCUGCGCACGAGCUCCUUAAGAAGGCCAUUGAAGGUGGCCUUCACCACCCGCAGAUCGCAUGGCGGUAUGCACGGUCGCUUCACGAAAUGGCGGAAGAGACAACCGACAAAACGGCGCGAAAAGUCUACUUCAAGGAAGGGCUUGAGUGGGCCAAAAAGGCGGUGGAGGAGGAUCCUAGCAUCGCCGCUGCGCACAAGUGGUUCAGUGUUCUUCUCAGCGCGCAGAAUGAAUUUAUCAGUUCUAAAGAAAAGUGGCGAAUGCCUACACCAUCCGUGACCACUUUCUCAAGGCCUUGGAACUCAACAAGGAUGACGCCACCGCACACCAUUGCAUGGGAAUGUGGUGUUGGAACGUCCUCCAGAUUGGCUGGGUGGAGCGUCAGGCAGCAACUUUGCUCUUUGGGGCACCGCCUACCUCUACCCCUGAAGAGUGUCUGA